AUGUUUUGCUCAAUCUCUGGAGAAGUGCCCUCCGAGCCCGUGGUCUCGAAGAAGACGGGAAAUGUGUUUGAGAGGCGACUGAUCAUCAAGUACAUCGCCGAUAACGGCAAGGAUCCGAUUACAGGCGACGCCUUGACCGAAGAUGAUCUGAUCAGUCUGAAGCAGGAUUCCAAGUACGUCAAGCCGCGCCCGCCCACGCUGAACUCUGUCCCGGCGCUGCUAUCGCUAUUCCAGAGCGAGUGGGACUCGGUGAUGCUCGAGACACAUCAGCUCAAACAGCAGUAUCACCAAGUCCGCCAGGAGCUCUCGAACGCUCUCUAUGAAAACGAUGCCGCCAAGCGAGUGAUCGCCCGUCUGGCGAAGGAGCGUGACGAGGCCCGGGCUGCCUUGGCCACCAUCAAGGCCACCCUGGGCGACUCAGCGGCCGUCCAGACCUCCGAGCCCGCUCAACCGCAAGCAAUGGAGAUCGAUCAGGAUGACGGUAUCAGCAAAGCGAUCCAGGACAAGAUGACCGAAAAAUCCCAAUCGCUGCAGAACACACGACGCAAGCGCAAGGCUCCUGCCGAUCUGGCCACGGCCGAGCAGCUCAGCAAGUACGGCCCUGUCCUGGAAGUCCCCUCCCUUGGAUUGUCGACCAACCCUGGAAUUCUGGCGCUGGAUCUGCUCGAAGACGAGGUCGCCGGUGUACCGCGUGAAUGGAUUCUUACCGGUGGCCGCGAUGGACACUCGAUCGUUAUCGAGAAAAACAGUGGAAAGGUUGUUGCCGACAUGAAGGCUCACACCAAGAAGAUCAACGACGUGGCAUGGCACAACCUUGGCGGCCACUCGGGUAUGUUCUUCACAGCUGGUGCCGACAAGCAGGUCAAGAUCUGCCAAGUUGAUCUCGCGUCGACCUCAAAGACAAAGACCGCUACCCUGCACACCCUCAAAGCCCACGGCGAUGAGGUGACGGGUCUCAGCCUGCAAGCCACAGGCGACUACCUCGUCUCGGUGGGCCUGGACUCGGCUUGGGCUUUCAGCGAGAUUGAAACAGGACGUGUUGUUGCCAAGGUCGAAUCCGAGGAGGUGACCAAGGGAUACAGCUCUGUCAAGCUCCACCCCGAUGGCUUGAUUCUUGGCACAGGCACGUGCGACUCAGUUGUUCGUCUCUGGGACGUCAAAUCUCGAACGAAUGUUGGUGCCCUUACGGGACACGUGGGCCAGAUCACCAGCUUGUCGUUCUCGGAAAACGGAUACUACCUCGCGACCGCUGCAGAUGGCCACAAUGUCGUUAAGCUCUGGGAUCUCCGCAAGCUUGCUAGUCUGCACGAUAUCGAGGUUCCUGUCAGCGACGGCCACACGGGCGGAGUCCACCGCGUUCAGUUCGACUACAACCGUCAGUUCCUGGGCGUUGCCGCGGGCCACGACGCUAGGGUCUAUGUCGUCAAGCAAUGGGACCAGGUUGCGCACUACUCGAACCACAGCGCUAACGUGACCGGAAUCAAGUUUGGAUCCAAGGCCCAGUACAUCGUGACAAGCGGCCUGGAUCGCAAGGUCACUGUCCUUGGCCCGGAGGCGUAAUCGAGCUCUCAAGCUGCACAGGGCUGCACAGGACUGCACGCUGAUGAGCUGUCGACGUGCUGUCGAUGUGCUGUC